AUGAGACUCCAAACCCCCCGCCUUCUGCCGCUACUGCUACUGCUGCUGCUGCUCCUAGCCGCCGGCGCCGGCGCCUACAACUCGUGCAUCUACACCUCGGGCCGCCGGCACCGCAACUGGGCCCUCACCGUCGCCGACGGCGUCUCCCCCUGCCCGCUGUCGACCUCGGACCGCGACUGCGGCCUGACCUUCCAGGCCCGCAUCAAGGCCGAGUGCGGCCGCCACAUCACCGACUGGAAGUGCAAGUGCCUCGGCCUGCCCGACAAGAAGAAGGAAGGGGGCGCCACCGCCGCCGCCGCGCUGCCGACGGCGCCCGGGGCCGUCAGCUUUGCCUUCCGGUCCCCUCCGAUAUGCGGCCCCGCCGAGGUGCAGAGGGCGUUUGCCGAUUCGGUGACGGACAAUUCUACCAUCGCUUGUAUCUAG